CGGAGAAAGCAACCUAUUAAAUUUAUCUUAGGCAGGUGGGAAAAGUGUUGACUAAUGUUUUUAUGAAGUUAAGAACGAGGAGGUUUGAAGGAAGUAGUGUACAGUACCGAAAACAACGUACUGAAGAGAAGCCGAAACCCAGCAACGUUGCUUGAUUAGUUAGUAACUGUUAGUGACUGAAGGGAACUACAUCGGGUGAAUCAUUAGUAUCGAUCACCGACUAUAGGUUACCAACAACGCUCUUUUCUAAGUUGAGAAAACAAGACAGCUAAAGACUAGUUACUUUGCUGUUGUUUAGGAGUGGCAUUUCUAAGUUAUAGAGGUUGAGAACUUGGCAAUGAAGCGAUUUAUGAAAUGUAGCCAACUUUGAUACAGCUCGCGCCUUCAGUUAAUUUUAACGCACACCUUCAGCUUACCACAGAAGCGGUACGACAUCACAAUUCACCUUUGGGCGACUUUCACACCGUUUUUAGUCGCUCGCUGUAAGUGACCAUCGCAGUUAGCAGUGUUUUGUUGAUAGCUUAGCUCGAAGGCUAACAAAACAAAGAAAAUGUCUUUGGCCCAGCAGAGUCAGAUAUGGUACCCAACACACGUUAGUGUGACUGUGCUCCAGGCUCGGUGUUUAAGGGGGAAAGGCAAGGGAGGAACGAGUGAUGCUUAUGCAAUCAUCCAGAUUGGCAAGGAAAAAUAUUCGACAUCUGUGGUGGAAAAGAGCACAUCUCCGCUAUGGAAAGAGGAGGCGUCCUUUGAGCUGCCUCUGUUGCAUCAGGGCAAUCAAGAGCGCAACACUUUGUAUGUGAUUGUCAUGCACCGAGCUCUGGUGGGCUUGGACAAGUUUUUGGGACAAGCUGUCAUCAACCUGUGGGAGCUGUAUGAAAACAAAAGCCGAAACAAAAUCGAAUGGUACAAAUUGAAGUCCAAGCCUGGUAAAAAGGAAAAAGAAAGGGGUCAAGUUGAAGUAGACAUUCAGUUCAAGAGGAACAACAUGACUGCAAGUUUAUUUGAUCUCUCCAUGAAGGAGAAGUCCCGUUCCCCCUUUGGGAAGCUAAAGGAUAAAAUAAAAGGGAAGCACAAAGAUGGCCUCCCAGACACUGCCUCUGCCAUUGUUCCAAGUUCAGGUCAAGUAAUGACUGACAGUGAUGAGGAGCACACAGAAACAGUAAAUAAAAAAAAGAAACCCAAGAUUAAGUCUUUGUUUUCCAAACCUAAUCUAAAGAAGAAUUCUCUUUCUCAGUCCAUGUCAGUUUUGCCAACAAGUCAACCACUGUCAUCUGUUCCAGAAAAGAAUUCAUCUAAGACUGGCAGUAAUUCAUCAAGUUUGAAUGAGGAGCCAUCAUCUCCUGCCAUGCAAAAAAAAAGUUCAAACAAACUUCAUCUGCCCAAGAUUAUGACGCAUAAGAGAACACUGAGUGUGGAACCCUCUCUUGGCCAGAUUUCACCUACAAGUGCCAAGAAGGAAAGCACUUCACAGCUUGGUCUGAAGUCCAGCACGGAUCCUGCCUCUCAGUCUAACCUCUGUAUUAAUGGUAGUCAUGUCUAUGUUGAAGAAUCAGAAUCAGUCCAAGAAAAUGUACUGAAAAGCUCCGACUCUAACGAUUCUUUACAAAAAAUAAAAAACACAUUGUCUAACUCAACAGAGGAUUUGUCACCCAAGAAAUCGGAAGAGCAUUAUAAGUUUAACAGUUCUCCCAUUCUGCCUUUUGUGAAGUCGCAAGCUGUGACUGUGCCAUCCUUUAAGAUUGUUGAUAGCCCACAAGACUUCCCUAAUAGUAUUUCUCAGGAUAAGACUACUUUGAAUGAAGAGAGAAACAAACCUGAGUCUACAGUAUUCACUUCUGCUGUUCUUACUGGAAAGAAAGAACAUGAUAAAAGCGCACAAGAUUCUUUUGAAGUUUUAAAGAAAAAGGAUAACAUAAAACUUGCUGAAGUUUCUGAUGAAAAGGCUGCUUUAGAAGAUGCAGUAAACUCUGCUAGCAAGAAGAAAUCCUUGAAUCCAUUUGAAAAUGAUAUUGUAAGAAACACAAAAAAUGAACAGCCUCCUACUUCUGUGAAGUCUGUUGCUGUUAAGCCCAGAUUGGACGUGUCUUCAGAGGAUGAAACCAAAGCCAAGCUUUCUUCACCUGUACUUGAUUCUCCUUUCCUUUCUACCUCCUUUUCUAUUGAUCCUUUCAUUAAUGCUCCACCAAUAGGAAGGGAGUCUGAUGCUGUUAAGGAACAUCAUUUUGCUAGUCUCCAUUCUUCUUUUGCUCCUCCUGUUUCCAUUUCUAGAUCCUCUUCUGUCAGAAGCCAACAAUCAUUAAAUGACGAUACUCAAAAUGGUGAACAUUCGGACAUUGUACCCACAACAGUACCUUUGUACAACGUCACCAGUGGAAGCCAUUCAUUAGCUGAAAAUUCUUUUACGUCUGCUGAAAAAGAAUCAACAUUUUCACUGCUUGAGAAAAACAAGGGCCUGACAGAGAAGCAGUUUGGAGAACGAGACCAAGUGGUUUCCCCAUUUAGUACAAGGACUAGUGAGAAGACCUCUACAAAAUCUUUACUUGAUGAACUGAAAAGAAGGAAGUCUAAGUUGGAUAAUGAUGAAAGAUAUUCAUAUGAUGAAGAGUUUAUGAUAGACAAGCCAGUAUACAAGGAUACUUUUUCCACACCAGAUUAUUUCUAUUCUCAGGAAAGUAGUAAGGAACAUAAUCCUUCUGCAGCUUCAGACAAGCCUAUAGUUUCCAAAAAUCACAGUAAUAAUAUGAACCAUGAAGAAUGUGCUUCUUACUCAAUACCCAAGGCAGUACUGAAAAUUGAAGAGUCUAAGGAUGUUACAAGUUCAAAUUUUGUUUUAGAUGCUGUAUCUACAAAAGACAGUUUAAAUCCCUAUCAGCCACCAAAACCUGCUCCAAGAGUACUUUCUUGUAUUCCUAAGGAAGCUGACAUUGUAGAUGAUCCGGAGUCCAUUCCUAGAUUAGCCACUCCUACUCCAGCACCAAGACGCAUUUCAAAACUGGAUAAAGAUAUGCCUGCUGAAGAACAGUCUUCCUUUGUUUCAUCCACUCACGCUUAUGGCCAGUCUGAGAGCAGCAUUCCUUCUGGACGAAUGUAUGACAGUAAUGCUGGAGUAUCGUAUGAAAGUAAUGCAUCCUUUCUUGAGACAUCAAAGGAUGUAGUGAAACCGGUAACCCCUAGUGCAAGACAUGACAGUAGUGGCACGAUGGAUGUAGCCGUUGUUAAAAAGGAUAGCCAGAGAAAAGAUGUCUCACAUACUGCAGCAAGUUUUGUUGAUAAACAAAUGCAUGAUAAUCCAUUUGAAGAUGACAUAAGUGGAAUUUUAAACACUGAAGUGAAUGCAAACAGUUUGUCAAAUUCAUCAAAUGUUACUGUAACGAAAGAGGCUGCAUCAACUGGAAAUGAUUUUAGCACACAUCUCCAUAAUGAGGAAGAAGGUGAUUUAAUGCAAAAUGCUGAAACUUUUUUGCCAAACAGCAGAGCUCAUAAUCACACUUUAAGCUUGGGUGGACUUCCAGUUAUUCUAGAACAUGCUGAGCUGACAUCUGAAGAUGAAGGACUUGAAACAAGGGUAGAAACUGAUGAGCAUGUUUUUACAGCAAAUAACUCCCAAAGUGAAGUGUCCAAAGACAAUACAAAUUCACACACACUGUUUGUUAAUAAGGAGAUAUCGCCACAUUCUCUGGGGGACCAGAUAUAUCCUUCUAAUAGACUAGAAGAAAGCAGUAAAAAAUACUGUAGUGCCACAAAUUCUGUAAAAAGACAGAACUUGGAGUAUGUGGAUGAAGAAUUAGAAGCUACCAAAGGUGAAACUGUUCCAAGAACUAUAUAUACUGAUGCUACCAAAAGCAUUUCAGAAGCCCGCAAAAAUAAGUUUAACCUUGAGAACAGUGAAUUAUUUGACAAAGGCAGAAUGUCCCCUGAAGGCUCUGAAACUGCAUCUUUCUCUGAUGCUUUAUCCAACCCCUCUGUGCUUACUGCCUCUCCUCUCUUUCCCCACUCUGAUUUGCUUAUGAACGACAAAAAGGAGUCUUCAAAAACAGCAGCAGAAGAGAAUUAUGGGGAACCUGAGAAACCUGGCAAGAAGAAGCUUCUUCGGGCAUGGGUUUCACCCUCUGAGACACAGCCAAUUCAGAUUCAGAGUGGUGGAACAGACUCUGCCAAACGCAGGCCUCAUCUUGUGAAACCGAUGAACUCUGAGAAUAAAGCUCCUCUGCUUUCUAGUUCAAGUAAUAAUUUGAAAAAGAAUGCUGUUGCAGACAGUGCUUUGGUAACUAAAAGCAUUAACUAUUUAUCUUCAGUGGAUGAAAGCCAGAUCAACAAAAAGAAGUACGACUCAGCUGAGCCUGCCUUUGCUUAUGCUCAACUUACGCAUGAUGAACUCAUACAGCUGGUUCUAAAACAGAAGGACACAAUUGAGAAGAAGGAGAGCCAUGUCCGUGAACUGGAGGAUUACAUUGAUAACUUACUCGUACGAAUCAUGGACGAAACACCAAAUAUUCUUCGGGUCACAGACAAGCUUUCUAAACAAUCUGGAAGAGUAUGAUUUCUGGCAUUACAAGAGCACAUGUUCCUUUUCAAACUGAACAGGUCUUAUGUAACUUAAGUGAUACUCUGUUUCAGAAUAAUCCAAUGUUAUACAUGCAGUAUGUGUGCCUUAAUGGAUUUUAACUUCUGUCUGCAUUCUUCCUAAAUAUGCCUUCAGGUUAUGGAAUUUGUAUGUGGUGCCUUAAGAUAAUAUAUAUUUUUUAAGAAUCUUGUCUGAACUUAGUUCUUAAGUGUUCCCUUUUUCAUGAUUCUAAAAGAAAAACUGAUGCAAGUAUAGGCGAGAAAGACUCUGUACUCUUAAAAGCACUGGCUGCUGAGCUGUAUAAUUAGCUUUGCAGCCCAGAAGGUACACCCACCCGAAGUUGUAAUAAGUAAAGUAUUACUUUAGAAAAAUUGAUUUUAAAAAGUAUGCUGUUGUUUUGUCCUCUCCUGAUUUCUUUGUGGAUAAAUUAAGAAGGUUGGCCUUGUUGACAUAGGUUUGUUUUCUUGCAACUGCUCAGGAGUUCCUGUGUCACUUUUCAGUAUUGAGAGAGAGCUUCGCUGUCAUUUUCUUAACUGUAUUUGAACAGCACCAUUUGUGGCUUCUGCAUUUCAUUUUGUGCAUGAGCAAAAUGAACUGCACAAUAGUGUGUGAGCAUUGCCUGUUAGUGCUUUGUGUCCGUUAAUGUUUGAAUUAGGUAAACAUAACAAGGACAGUGGAUGUGCUUGGGGGGGGGGGUUAUUUAUGACCACCCCAAUCCCUUUAUGAUAAUUCAAUUAAAUAUUCAUGUUAUCUCAUUGGUACCUUUUGGGUAGUCAGGCUGUGUUUUUUUUCCUUUAAUUGAAAGAAAAAUGGGAAUGAAUAUAGAGAAGACAAAGGAAGAAGUCUUGCACAGUUACAGAAAAAGCUUAGUGCGUUAUAACUUAUGGUUGUACCAAAGAAUUAACACUGUUUUCUACAAAAAGAUACUUAAUACUGCAAAAGGAGUGCUUUAGCUAAUCCAUAUUCAGACUGUUACAGCACUUUAAUGUGACAUUUUAAUACAUAUUUAUUUAGCACAUUACAUUUUAUGGAUUUUUUUUCUUUUUACUUUCAUGCUAAGAAUAAAGCACUGUAACUAGAAUGUAUUUUAUAUAUAACUGUUAACUUUUUGUGCUUUUUCUGCUGCUGUUCCCAAGGUACUUGCAAACACCUUGUGUAUUUUUUUCAAGUAACUUAGAAAUUGAAAUGUUUCUUCAUGGGGCUAUAUUCUGUCUAAUCAUUUGUAUACUCUAAAAUCUAAAGAAAAAUACCAGUUCAAGUCAUAGACCAUUUCUUACAUCCUGUAUUAUUUCAGAAAGGCAGUCUUUUCUGUUUUUCAUGAUCACCUUUUGACAUCUUGUUCCCUGGUUUAAAACCAGCUCUUUUGAGAAAACCCAUCUGUAUUGCUUUAGCAGAUAUGUCCAUUGAUAAGGAAUUUUUUAAACAAGGACAUAUGUUUAAAAUUACUUGCUGUUGAACUCGUACAUCAUAAUGCAUAGUAAACUUGCAAAGAAAGGCUGUAGUGAGUGAAAUGCACAACUGUGAUUAGGUUUUCUAAAGCUUGAUUUUUGUCCAAUGACAGUUGCAUAUUUAUAACUGGACAUCUGUAGUUUAAAAUCUGUAAUGAUAUUUUUAUUCAAUCUGUGUUUUCCUUGCAUAGUCUGAUUAAGUUAAUUGCUGUAUACUUCAAGUAACCAGAUUUGUUUUUUGUCAGAUCUGGAUACUGUUUAAUGCAGUACUGUUAAAUGAUUACCAUUAAACAGGUUGAAUUGUAAAUGCAUUAGAUGAUAUGCUAAAGCGUAACACUACCAUCUUUAAUAGGUCUCAUAGAAAAAGUAAUAUUAUGGAAGGUGGUUUCACAAUGCAAAAAUGUCUACAUGCUUUCAGUUAGUGUUUGUGGCAGACAGCUGCAAGUACAUUUUUAAGCUUUUCUUUGUAGGUUUCUUAAACAUUAGUAAUCUUACCUGUAAGUUUGACAUCUGUUUGCAAGUCUCCCUAGCAGAUGUUCCAGACCUUGCCAGUGCUAUUCUCCUGUUUGUGUUUUAACUUCUCAGCGCAGAUGCACUUCCUUGUAGUAGAGCUGCAGUGUGGAAUUAAACCAGCUGAGUUUCCGAAGAUGCAGUAUUCCUUUGGCUGUAGAGCAUUACACAUUGGCAGUUGCAGUUAGGUCUUCUAGGUCCAGACAGUGCAUACCAUCAGAGAAAUCGGAAAGCUUGCAUAAGCUUCAUUUUAAUGUUAGCCUGUAACUAAUACCCAUACCUCAGACUUUUGUCUGAAUAAACUGUGCAGUUAACCAUGAAGCUUUGCCAUUUAGUUGACUUAAUGACUAGGAUAAAUCUUAUCUUGAGUGAUUUACCUUUUUAGCAGGAUUUUUAUGUCAAAUAGUUGUCUGUUUCUCUAGUUUCCACUCCCAGUAAGGUUCCUGUGGGCAGAAUUUGCUGGGGUAAAUCUCUGUUCUAGUUGUAUGAGGUAGUUGCUUUAUUUUUCAUAUUUUUGUUUUUCUGCUGUUUUGAGGUUUAUGUAUCUAAUAUAAUUUGUUGUACUACAUACAAAUCCACACACACUUGUGUGUCUGUGUGUGUGUAAGUUAAUUGAUGCUCCAAAACAUUGUGACACUGAGUAUUUGCAUAAAAACAUCAACCUCAAAACAAGGGACAGUAAAAUGAGUUUCCCAAGACAUGACCUUGGAGCAUACAAAGUAAAAAAAAAAAAAAAAAAAAAAGUGUACAUUUUGCAUGGUGCACAAGCCCUCCAUGCAGCCCUCACACUUCCUGUAUAUACCAGCUCUGAGGUCGUACCACGGUGGUGGGGGACGGGGGGUUAUUCCCUUCCAGCUAGAAUAGCAGUCUCACACCAGAACCAGAGGGUAAAUGAAAUUUCUGUUAAGCCAUUAUUGAAAACCAGAAAAUUGUGAUAUGUUAAUACUUAAUGUUUGUUUCAAUUGUAUGUAUAUUUUUAAACUAACGUGAUUUUUUUUUUUUUAGUGCACAUGAUUGAUCAUGAUUCAUUAUCUAAAACAUGCUGUAAAAGGAUAGUUUUUUCUGAAGUCUUGGAUUGUAUACAGGACGAAAAGGCUAACCUCUUGCUUGUUUUAAUAACCCAUGCUCGUUCAUUUGAUCACUUCUGUAAUGAUGAAUGUAAUCCGAAUUACACAGUCUUACAGCAUCCUUAAGAUAUGCAUAAUAUUUGUCUGUGCUUUCUCAAAGCGAUUGACAGUUGCUGAUUUUUUGGGACAGAAUGCUAUGUGAAGUAGAGCCCAGGACACCGACCAAGGACCAGAUAAACAUAUUGUGCAGUUUGCUAUGAUAGAUGAGAAAGGUUCUUGUUAAUGUUGGUUUACAAAUCCACAAAUAGAAAAUAUUCACCUACAGAGAAAUGAAAAUUAUAGCAGUUGUUGCUGUCACAAAUUGUAAUGCAAGUAUUUCCUAUAGGACUAUAGAAAGGCAAAUCUAGAUAAGGAGGACCAUCUUCAGGAGACUGUAUGAUUGACUUCCUGGUCAAUCCUUUUGGGCAUUUACCAUCAUAGAAACAUUCCAAGGACACUUGUGCUUGGAAUGUGCUGUGUAAAGCAAACAUUUUCCAGCGGAAAUUUUUUGAACCUAAAAGGAUGCAAGACCCUUGUGUGGGAUUGAGCAGAAAAGUUUGCAGGAAGCUAAUAGAAGAGCUUACAAUCAAUGUAGUCAUUGUUACUGCAGCAUUGACUGCUAUGGCAGGACAAGUGCUGUCAGAAAAUAGAAAGUAGGACCAUUAAAACUGUACACAUUAUGUAAAACUUUAUUAUUUGGGGAUUCAGUGGAUGUGGUGUUUGGCAAAAUGAUUCUGAGAAGCUUGUUUACUGUUACUCCUGCCUUCAGAAUGACUUAAAUCUGCAGGUACUUGUAAUAUUGAAUGUCCUAGAGCUGUCAGAAUAGAAUUGGACUCUGCUUCUGUCAGCAGAGCAAAAUCUCGGUUGCUUAUAUAUAGUCCUGGGUAGCUUCACAACUUUUUAAUAUUUUAACUUCUUGUCCCUUCUCAUCUCCAGCAUUGGACAGAGAACAAGUCAGCUGUGUUUAGAAGUAAAAGUAUGGAGUGUAUAUCAUAUUAUCGAAACCUAAAUCCAUCGAACACCUCUUCAUCAACCAGUUUUCAUCGAAACCUUAUUCGUUUCGUGAGGUUUUUGAUAAUAUGAUAUAGACCCAAUGUGUUUGCUUUAUGGAGGCCAUUGGCUGUUUUUCAGUUUAAGAUGUAACCUUUUGUUGCUCGCUUAUCUGUACUACCAUUACUACAAUUUUAAAUCAGUUGUUUUGUAGCACUAUGGCUUUAUUGUAUUUCUUCUGAGAUCCAGCAUUUAAGUUGCCCACCUACAGGUGCAAACAAGAUCCCUUUAUCACAGAAAACAUAAUGUUCCAUUUUAAUUAAAAAUUUGACAAAAACAUGUUAAACGUGCAGCAUGAUGAAUUUGUUCUAUUUGGAUGUGCUCUGUUACAAAUUAAAUGGGGAAAAAGCCAAAAUCAAAAGCCAGUUUGUCAUGAGUCAUUUUUCUAUUCUUCUGCAGUCUUGCAUUGUGCGACUUUUACACAUAGUGGUUUGCUGUGUAAGUAAUCCAUCAGAUUUUAAAACUGGAGGCUGUAUCUAGUAGCUAAGUGACUUCAGUGAUAAUCUAACCUUUAAGUCUUAAAAAAACACAAACCUCUCAUUGUACAUAACGUGCAGGAGUCUACUUGAAAACUGAAAUUCUUAUAUUUUCUACUUUGCUAACUGUAUGAAUUAUCUCAUUGGGGUAGCUGUUUUAAUGACAGUGUACCACAAGAUUGCAGUGUAUUAUUUUUCGGUCUUGUAGUUAUACCUUUAAAGUCUAUUAUGGCAUUUUGAGUACGUAUUUGGUCAGCCAUAUAUUGUUUAAUGGUGAUGUACAUUUAAACCGUGUGUGACCUUAAAAUCUACUGUACUUCCAAAAUCCCUUUGCAAAGGUAUAAAACUGCAUACCUCGGAAUAAUGACACUGCUUUCCAGAUAGUCAAUCCAAAUUGAGAACCAUGUCAACACAUAGUAUUUGCUGGUUGUCAUCCGUUCCAUAUUCUAAAAUCUUGGUAUACAGACUGGUUUCUGACACCUGGGGAUCCAUAUUGUCUUCACCUUAAUUUAAUAAUGACAGCAUUUGGUAUGGGAGCUUUACAAAGUCUUGAAAAACUGCAGUAGCAGAAGUGACAAUAGAGCUAACUUUAACGCUACUGUGCUUGUAGGAAACUGUUUCAAAGCUACUGUUGAGGGUAAAGGUGCUGUGUAUUUGUUGGCACUCCUACAGCUUUGGACAUUUCCACAAAGCCUUAAAUGCAGAGGAUGUUUUGUUUAAAACAGUUACACCCUUACUUACACCUUUGUGAUAAACUGACAAGUUAUGCAAGGCCAUAGUCUAAUUAACUUCACCAGGUGGUCUUUCACUUGAGUCCAUUGUUCUUUUUGGCUGCUUAGAAAUUCUGGGCAGGUCAUCUAACAUGACAGUGUGCUUGGUCAACCCUGAAAAGUGGUAAGUGAUAUGUAUGCUUUUGAUCACUUCUGGGUUUACCUUAUCAAAGUAAGUAAAAAUAAACUCUUUUCAUAUGUUAUACUUUCAAGCAGUGGAAAAUCUUUCUAAUGACGUAAUUUUUUUCAGAAAACUUGUCAGCGUUUUUUGGAAGGAUUUCUAGUAUGUAUUAAUUAUACUACAUUCUGCUGUAAUAAUGUUAUGUAUGCUUUUCAGGGCAGAUCAGCCAAUGAGACUAUGUAGAGUAAAUGACUGGAGAGAAGUCGUCCAGUUACCUGGACAGGUCGCACUUGGAGUGGCGCUGUAUAUACACGCAAAUGGUUUGCAGUUUGUACAUAGAUUUAACAUGUUAAGUGAAGUAAGACUGUAAAAUAUGAGUAGCUAAAUUAAAAUUAUUCUCAGAAUUUUCUUGACAAAGUAGCAGAAGCAAUCAAAAAUGCAGUGGAAGCCUUUGGCUGUCUGCAGCAAUAGGAAGGGUACCCUAAAGCACCAGUACUGCACUUUACAUUUUUUUUGAUUAAACAGAUUGUGACUAGGCCAGAUGAAAAUAAGCAGUCUUUCAGUGUUAUUUUUUCCUUAAGGUAAUUUGAUCAUUUUUCCUGCCAUCAGCAGAUGCAAGAAGCCAUUUAUUCUGUAUUGUGAUUUCAACAUAAAUUAGAACUGGAGAAUGCAAAAAAAAAUCAUAUAUGAAAGCUUUACUGUACAAUGUAGUAUUGCUUCAGUGUUUAUCUGGUUGCUGUAUGUUACAAUUUUAGUUGAAACUGUAUUAUCUGUAAAACUGAAGAAAUCAAAGCUAUAUUAAAUAAAUGCUAUUUCUCUAUUA